UCGAAUGUUGACGGAGAGAAGACAUGCAGUAGAUCAGUUUGUGUAUGGUCUGGCACAGCACUUUAAUAGAAGCGAAAUCAAGCCUUCCAUGUUACCAGUCCAAUGCCAAGAAUUAAAAAAGAUUGAUGUACACAUUUGAUCUAAUGAAAAACAGCUCCGGACAUUAUCAAAACAAUUGAAUCGGUAUUGUGUUUUGAGAUCUGGAAUAACCUGCUUUAUCUGUUCGACCAUGAUCUACACAGAUAUGGGGUGAUAAUGGAUUGAGCAGCAUCUGUGUUUGGACUGCUGUCCACAGGAGGUUAAAAUAUACAGGAUGGUAUUGAACCCAUUAGAGAGGUUGGCUCAUAGCCGGUCUAUUUUCUAAGUACGUAUUCUGUACCAAGACGGAAGACUUAUUUGAAAAUCUGUUUUGAAGUCAUUCACAUAAAUUGGAAGGAAUGUGCUUUAGACAGAAUUUAUAUGAGGCGAAGUUUUCAGUGUUUUAUCUUGUUAAUAAAUUUGGAACUUUACUGCAUUAGAAGUCAGUAUUAGAAUAUGCAUUGUUACUCAAACUAAAGCAAGAUCAAUUUGAUUCUCCAGUCUUAUGCAUGAUACUCAAGUGACCCUGUACUUUUUACAAGUGACAAGCUUAGUGUAGAUUCCUUCACAAUGAAAUUUAUAUGAGGUGAAAAGUGUUUUAUCUUGUUGUUCAAGUUCAGAAAUUUACUGCAUUAGAAGUCAAUAUUAGAAUACACAUUGUUACUCAAACUAAAGCAAGAUCAGUUUGAUUCUCCAAUCUUAUGCAUGGUAUUCAAAUGACCCUACUUUUCAUAAGUGACAAGCAUAGUGCAGUUUCCUUCAAAAUGACAUCCAUGGAUUCUUUGUAAUGUUCAUAAAAUACACCGAAAACCAAACAGACUUGGACCCUUUGCUGACACGAUGAUGUUUUCCCUGUCCUACUGGGACGGCUAGCUGCCUGGGGAUUACCACGUGUAUUCCUGUGCAGUAUGAUGUCCCUAGGUGCAACGGUGUGCCCGACCUGCGGCCAGUUCCACGAGCUGCACGGCACACACCUGUACGACUACUACCAGGCCGUGGACGAGGACCUCAUGUGUCAGAUCUGUCUGCAGCCCCUCGUCAACCCGCUCGACACCAAGUGCGGACACACUUACUGCUCACGCUGCCUCAAGAACUACCUCAAGAUUCAGAAGCAAUGCCCCAUUGAUCGCCUCCCACUGACGCCCAAGGACUACCAGCCGUCAAGCAUUCUUGUUCGCAGGUUGCUGGAUAAGCUAUUGGUUGUCUGUCCCAAUGUGGAUUACUGUGAAGAAGUGCUAACCCGAUCAGAACUAGAAGCUCAUCUAAUACACAGAUGUCGUGGAGCGGUGAUGCGAUGUAUCAAGUCUGGGUUGGGGUGUGUGUUUCAAGGACCACGCAGUGCCUUACAGAGUCACUUAUGGGAGUGUCCCUACAGAGACCAGCAUGCUGGUAAGAAUCCUGUUCUUGAUGGUGAAGUGUCGACGAUAGAGAUUCAGCGACCGCCUGACGACAGAGCUGCCGUACCUGUGUAUGACAUGGGGCUCAGCAUCGUCGGAGGGUGCGACACGCCGCUCAUCUGUAUUGUCAUACAGGAAAUCAUCAAGGGUGGCAUCGUCGAUCAAGAUGGCCGGCUCCUACCAGGGGAUCAGAUUCUAGAGGUGAAUGGGGAAGAUUUAACUCAAGCCACUCAUUAUCAGUCUCGCAAUGCAUUAGCUCAGUAUUUUCCUGUUUGUCGACUCACUGUAUAUCGUGAGAGAGCUGAAGAAGUCCGACCCAUUGAAAAAGAAGAAAUUCUUAAAAUAACAUUGAACAAGGUUAAAAAUAGACAGCUUGGAAUAAAACUUGUUGGGAAGAGGAGUGGGACCGGAGUGUACAUUCUGAGUCUGGUUCAGUGCAGCACUGCGGCAUACGACGGACGUCUGAAACCGGACGAUCGUAUCCUGGAGAUCAACGGCCAGGACGUGUCGUAUGGCACACAGGAGCAGGCUGCUCACAUCAUACAGUCUAUUCCGGACCGAGUCCAGUUUGUGAUCUCACGCACAAGCAGACCUCAGACCCCCGACAUAAUCCGAUCUACCUCAUCUGACCCUGUGAAAACUGGUGCUAGCUUCAACUGUGAUAUUCCAGAGUCGCCUCUUUGCAAGAAGUGCAACGAGAGACUUAUUACUGUUGCCAAGAAUCCGGCAGAGAGCCUUGGUAUCAGCGUUGCUGGUGGAUUAGCAAGUGUCCAUGGCGACACGCCAAUAUACAUCACCAACAUUAACUCUGCUGGUUGUCUUGGACGAACUGGGCAGGUUAAGAAGGGUGAUGUUCUGCUGUCUAUUGGUGGCACGAGUCUGCUGCACCUGACCCAUGCGGAGGCGGUUAACCAGCUGAAGAUCCAGGCCGAGACCAAGCUGCUGAUGCUGAAGAUCAUUGAGGGGCCCGAGACGUCCACCAACCUCGACAACUUCGUCCCCUCAUGGCUCUUCUGGCUUAAGAUGCCCAGAAUGUGUCAGUUGUACAAAACCAUCACUCUGCUGCGUAGUCCAAGUGGGAGUCUGGGCUUCUCUAUUGUCGGUGGAAUAGACAGCAGUCACGGCACACUCCCCAUCUUUGUCAAGUCGAUUGUACCGGGAACCUCUGCUGCAACGGAUGCCAGACUCAAGUGUGGAGAUAUGAUACUGAAUGUGAAUGAACACAGUCUGCAGUUGGUAACGCACAGCAAGGCCGUGGAGAUCCUCAAACACGUGCAUGGGGCAGUCACCCUGGUGGUGGUCUCCUGGCCCGGGACUAUCGUUUGACCAAAACCUCACUUUAGAAAAAAGCACAUCUCUUUCAACUCCGUUUCUACUUCAGAAAGUGAAUAAUGUUUGAUUCAGUAAUAGUUCAGAAAAUGAAUGAUGUUUGGAACAGUAAUAAUUCAGAAAGUGAAUGACAUUUGGAGCAGUAAUGUUUGACAGAGUUGGCCCGGAACUAUCGUCUGACCAAAACCUCACAUUAGAAGACAGCACAUCUCUUUCAACUUCAUUUCUACUUCAGAAAGUGAAUGAUGUUUGGAACAGUAAUAAUUUUAAAAAAUGAACAAUGUUUGGAGUAGUAAUAAUUGAGAAAAUGAAUGAUGUUUGGAACAGUAAUAAUUGAGAAAGUGAAUGAUGUUUCGAGUAGUAAUAAUUGAGAAAAUUAAUGAUGUUUGGAACAGUAAUAAUUGAGAAAGUGAAUGAUGUUUGGAGCAGUAAAAAUUCAGAAAAUGAAUGAUGUUCGUAUCAGUAAUAAUUCAGAAAAUGAAUGAUGUUUGAGUUUUAUUGUUCUGAGCCAGACAGUUUAGAAUCGGAAGUGUCUGACUGUUUUUAAUACCUGUGAAUCUUUGUCAAGAUUUGUUUUUUCAUAUGCAGUGCUGCAGAAAGCACUUAAAUGUAAGCAAUUGUUCCAAUAGAAGAUUAAUUGCAUGGCAUUACAGGAUGUAUGGAAAUUGUGACAUUGCUCAAAGCAUUAUUGAACGCCAUGUGAAUUAGAAUGAGAAAUAUUGAGAAUGUACUCACUCAAAGAUUUCUUCUGUUUUGUUGUUGAAAGAACUGUGUGUGCUCUUAUCAUUUGUUUUCACAUGCUUGCCCGAGUUUUGUUGCAGUUUACAGCUUAUGCAGAAAUCAUAUCAUCGCCUUUCUUCAUUUGCUUUUAUCUGGUGCUAUAUUUGUUAGUCUUGUCUUUUGUCCAGCUGGUGUGUUGUUUAAGAAACAGUUUCCGAAUUAAGGUGCAUGUGACUGGAUUUAGUCCCAGCAUUUGGUUUUAACUUCUAGUCAGUGUGAAAAACAAAAUGUACACUUGUCUAGUUUAUCUUUAUUAUGGUAUUUUAUAAAUAAGGGCAUUACAUCUUUGAUAAACUUUGUGUUACGGUAUCUUGUUAUGCUGGUGAAUCUCCAGUUCUUCGGAAGUGUUUUCGUUUACACGGUUUGCAAUGUGCCAAUGUGAUAAAAUUGAAAAAUAAAAUCUGUUAUAUAUAAACGAAUAAUAAAAAUUAAUUCAUAUUUGAUUUGGCAGCUUGAAUCAUAUCAUCUUUUUUUCGUAAACAGCAUUUACUAAGAAGAAAAUGUAUUAAACUACACCAUUGCACUUGUAUUAUCAAAUAAUGUGAAAUAUAUACACGAAGAGUUAAGACAGUCUUAGCUUUUGCUUUGAAUUCCUGUGAUAUAAAAACUAACACAUAUUAAACAAAAACCUAGCCAAAUGUUUAUAGAUAAAAUUAUACUAUUUUUCAUCAAUUAAACUCUUGGACAGUGAAUAUGUAUACCAUUCACCUUGUACAAACAUGUAAUUCUUAAAAUCAUUCUACAGUGUUAAUUUACAAAUAAUGAAGGUUUUUCCAGUUGACCGGUAAUUCUAGACAUGUGGUUUAUUUGCUCUGCAUUAGUUUUAGAUAUAUGUAAUGUUGAAGCCCCUUCUGUGUCUUAGGUGAUAUGAAUAUUAUAAUAAUAACAUUCCAUUUAUUCCAUGGUUAUUUGAUUUCUAUAUAAUUUUUAUUAUUAUUAUUUUGUUAUUUGUUGACUCAGUCUGACAGCAUGUUUGUUCUGCGUGUAAUUAUCGCUGUGAAUAGGCAAGUCUGUACAGCAUUGUGUUGUCCAUGUUGAGCUGUGUUGUUUUCUCGCCUAUACGAAGUAAAAAGCGAGAUAUAGGUACUAAAUUUAUUUCCGACAGCAGCACCAACUUUUGUGUUAACGUUUAACUUUAAAAUUUAGCAUUUAGGUCAGUUUCUCAAGAACUGUUAAACUUGGUUUAUAGUUGCACCUAUGGAUGUUCUCCAUAGUGCACCUAAAACAUUCAUGGUAGGCGAGACAUUUAAUUCUGCAGUAUUCUUGUUUGGAAAGAAGGAUGCAUUAAGAACUAACCUGCUUCUGUGUGAACAGAGUUUUUAUACAUUACACAGAAAAUCUGUUUGUAAACAGUCAAAUCAUAAACAUGCAUAAUCAUAAUCAACAGUACCAAAACCAUAAUUCCUACCGGAUUUUGUUAUUCUCAAAAGCAUUAUUUUCUGUUAGAAAUAUAUAUGUAUUGUAGAAUGUUGUUGGCUCGGACACAGAAUGUUGAAGAUACUGCUGCCCUGGAACCAAGAAGAUCCCAAAUGUUUACUUUAGUAAACUCUUUUAUUAUGCACUGAAGGGUCGAACAAGCCUUGGAUCGAAUAUAAACUUUCUCUCACACAGUUAUGUCGAUCUUGUCAGAGGCAAAUUGGUAUAACAGAAUCUUGCUUGAACUGGAAAUCCAUAACCUUUCAAGUAGCAGUCAAGACUAGCCCUGUCCCUUGCCAAAUUAUCCAAUUACAGUGACUGUUGUUUGUAAAAUAUUCAGGAGCUGAAAAAAGCUCCCCUGAUUUUUUUUUUUGCAAGAGUCAUUACUCUCGUCAGAAAUUAGCAUAACAAUUGUUAAAAUGUAAAUGUCAUAAAACUGAUAAUAACAUUCAACAAUAAAAUUAAUAUCUGUUCAUGUUUCACUGUCAUUUAUAAUUAUACUAACCAUCCUUACUUUUCAUUUUAGUCGUAUUAACAAGUUUACCACCAAUAAUUAUAAAACAAAUAUUAAUUUAAUCACUGUCAUUUUAAAGUUUUAACUGCUCAUUAAUAAUUAAUUGCUAACCAUUCUCACUGAUAAACUUUUAUGACUAUCACUAUAUAACCACCACUGUCAAAUAUGAAAUAGUUAAUUAUUAAUCACUGUUCUUUUGAAGUUUUCACUGUCAUUAAAUUAACCUUCCUCACUUCAUGUCGUUCAGACAAAUUAAUCUGUUUGUCAUAUUCAGUAUAUCAAAUAGUAUAAAGUGUUUUUUCACUGUAUAUUUGGUAACAAAGUUCAUUCUUAUCGAUUUUAACCUAAGAUUUCAAGAAUUUCCGAGACCCCUCUAGAUUUCCUCUUUUUUUUCACAGUUUACUAAUUCCCAUUCCUCAUAUUUGCCUUACUUUGUUGGUUUUAACAAGGCCAUUUAUAGCACAUGAUACUGUUUCAAGUAUCAACAGCAAAAAUAUGAAUGUACUUACUAUAAUGCAUGGACAAGGCAUAGCAAACCGUUGGCUUCUGUUAUGCCUGUACAUUACAGCUAUUCAGUAAAAGCAAAAUAAGUUGUAACAGUCAUUUUGCUUGGUUGCAUUAGCUCAAUAAUGAAUUUUAAAAAGUGACUGACAGUCCCGAAGUUUGCUAAAUGUUUGGUCUGAACUAGCCAGUGAGUUGAAAAACUGUUUUUUGGUAGUGUUGAGCCAACAAAAUUCUACUGUAUGUAUAUUUGCAAUUUGUGUAAUAUAAAUAGAGUAACAUCAAGUUGAUAAAUUUUUAGAAGUAAAAUAAUAUAUAUAAUGAAAAUCUUAGAAGUGUUUAUCAUUUUGUAUUUCAUCUUAUUGGACUUCAAAUCGUUAUAGUCAUCAAAUAUAUUUGUUUAAUGUUGCAUCUCACAACAUUCUUAGCAUUAGAUAAUCAUCAUCCCAACAGCUGAUGUUGAAUGUUGAAUCUCACAACAUUCAUCCCAACAGCUGAUGUUUAAUGUUGAAUCUCACAACAUUCAUAGCAUUAGAUAAUCAUCAUCCCAACAGCUGAUGUUGAAUUUCACAACAUUCUUAGUAUUAGAUAAUCAUCAUCCCAACAGCUGAUGUAUAUUUUGUGUGCUGGGGUGUCAUUAAACAUUCUCAGUACUUUGCAUCUGUAUAAAUCACUACUACAAAAGGAUCAUUCAGUUUUUGCUCAACACAUCAAAAGUAACCCUGUCAGCACUAUAUAACUAAAAGUAUUGAGAGAGUUAAGACAUGUUGUACUAUGUUGUGAUGAGCAUUACAUAGAAAAAUAUCUUUUAUAAGUAUAUGUUUGGAAAUUAUAUGUUUUAACUAAAAACAAAAACAAAACCUAAAAUAAAAAACCUACAUGGGAAUAUGAACUGUUAUAUGUUAAACAUGGUGCAAUAUUAAAUGUAUUUUUAUUAUGUUGAUCAUACGCUGGUCUGGUUUUUGACAUAUUUUAGACUACAUAUUGUUGAUAUUCCUUUUAGAUUAAACCUUACAUAUGUUAAUAUUCAUUUUAGGUUAUAAAAAUGCAUCCGUUAAUAUUCAUUUUAGGUAAAAAAAUAUAUCCAUCUGUUAAUAUUAAUUUCAGGUAAAAAAAAAUAUAUACGUGUUACUUAAUGUUAAUUUUAGGUUAAAAAAUACAUCUGUUAAUAUUCAUUUUAGGUUAAAGAUAUAAUUUAGGUUAAAAUGUGUUAAUACUCAUCUUUGAUUCUUAUGCAUCAUUCACACUUAACAUUUAGAAUUGUGUUUACCCUUCAUAAUGGAUCAGAUAUGUUGAAACAAAAGCUAAUCCAUAAAGCUGUAGAUACAUAUGUCAGUAUUUUAAAGAUGUCCGUUCAGAAUUAUCCUGUAUGCAUGUAAUGUUGUGAUCAAUAUUGAUUUAUCAGAGACCAACAUGAUACCUCGGGAUGAUUUUAUCCAGUACAAACACAUCAAAUUUGUGUUGGUAAUCAAGUCUUCUCCUAUGUUGAAUUCUUUCAAAGACCUAGCUUGCAAGUUUUAAUCAGAUGUUAUUUUGUAAUUAUGUGUAUAUUUUAAUCUGUAAUAUCUUGGAAUCGAUUUGCCAUAAGUGCUUCAAACAUGAAAAUUUAGCUCCAACUCGUGUCGACUUUCUCUCUCUCUCUUUUUUCAUUCUGGUUUUGGUUCUAGCUUACCUGAAGUGCAAGGGGUUGUAGGAUCAAUCAGUGUCAGUGGUCCCUGUGGUUGACGUUUCUUGUUCCGACCAAUGUCCCAUAAUAAAAUAUCAGUUCAAAGAUGUUGUAUGUUCUGUUUAGUCUGAAGUAAAAUGCACCUAAAAGAUCCCUAGCUACUAGAGAUGUGCUGUAUAACUGGUUUAUCGUAAUAUAAAUUUUGAACAAUAUUUUUCUAGUAUACCAGUAUAUUGUACUUGUAUAUUUUGUAUGUGUGUUAGUGCACACAUAUUAUAUUUUCAGACGAAAACUACCAGUUUAAAAAAAAACAAUAGCUUCAAUGGUGACUGGUAUAUCAUUAUAUUAAGCUAUACAAAAUGUACUUAACUUAGAGCACUUUAUAAAUUUUAAUAAUUUAGAAUUGGGUCUUCGCAGUAUAUUGUGGUGUGUAUCGCAAUUCAGGUUCAAUAUCCUGAGUUACUAACAUGAUAGAAACUCACCUGGAAAGUCGAGAGUGCAAUGAUAAAGCACAUAUCUGUGCACUUCAGUUUCAAAUACGGUAGUUGUUGCAAUUAUUGUUGAGAGUUCUCUUGAGCUGUAUUACCAAGAUUUAAUCAGUUUGUUUUGUUGGGCUAUAUUAUUACCAAAAUGGUGUAAACCUUUUUGGACUAGACAUUUGGUUUUCUAUUCAUUAUGAAUAGCUGGUCGUUGUUUUAGUUUUACAUAGAUUUUCACAUAUUAUGGCUUCUGUUCAUACACAUGUACCUUGCCACUGAAAUGACUGGUGACCAUGAAUUGUUAAUAGCAUGAUACAUAAUCUCAAUAUACAGAUGUGUAAGCUGAAGGAAUAACCCAAAUGACGAUGCUAUUUCUUAUCUCCACAUUCUUUUCUCCACCCCUCUCUUCUUACAGGACGAGUUUGUAGCCUUGGUUUGCAGACCUAUUAUGUGUUGUUGUUUUCAAAAAUCGUCAUGCAAGCUGUACCUUUAUUGGCUCCAUUUAAGCUGGUCUGGAGCAUUUUUAACACUGGAGACUGAGGUUAAAAUAAAUUAUUGUGUUGUAAUAUAAACAUAAUGUUGAAACACUGAACGUAUGUAUGUAUGUAUUUGUGUACAUGGUCAUUCAUUUUAAUAAAAACUUUUUAAUAAAAA